CAAGCCCAGCUAGGACAGAGCUCCCUUGACCGGUGGCACUUUCCCAUCCAUCCGUCAAGAGAGAAACAACAAACGCCCAGAGCCGAAACCAAGAACAAGCAAGCCCCAAUGGUCAACAUGGCGGCCGCAGGCCGCAGCCGCCGCCUCCUCCUGCUCCUCCUCGGCCUGAACCUCCUCACUAGCUCCACCUCAACGGCGCCCUACGACCCUCCCACCGUGCCGGAGCUGAUGGAUCGGUUCGGCCUCCUGCGCGCUCUCCUCCCGAAAACCGCCCGGCGGUACCUCCUCCACUCCGACGGCUCCUUCGAGCUCUUCCUCGACGACGGCUGCGAGAUCGAGGCCGGGGGCUACCGCGUCCUGUACGACAUCAAGCUCUCCGGGUCCGUGGCGCCCGGGGCGGUCACGGGGCUCGAGGGCGUCCGCGUGCGCGUGCUGUUCGUCUGGGUCCCCGUCACCGGCGUCGAGGUGGGCGGCGGGGUCGUCACCCUCAGCGUCGGUCCCGUCAAGAAGUCGUUCCCUGCCGUUGGCUUCAAGGCCAGUCCGCUUUGCAGUACCGGCGCCGCCGUCGUGGAUGUAGCUUAGUUUGUACUACUAGAGCAGUUAGUUUGUUGCAAUUCUUAGGCCACGAUUGGUGUACACUUGUACUUGUAUGACGCUGGAGGAAGGAAUAUCGAAUACGUGUGUGUAUACACGGAUAUACAUCCACACAUUAUAUGAGCAUAUCUGUUGGUCAAAUAUAUACUUUCACGCAAGUUUGUGGUUCA